AUGUUCCAGGCCUCUACACUUGAGGAAAUGAACGAGAAAAAGAUUCAAAACGAUAAAAGCCGCCAAGACUUCGCAAUAUACGCUUUUACAAUCGUGACAAUCAUCUUCCUUCCGUUGAAUACAGUUUCGAGUAUUUUUGGUAUGAACACUAGUGACAUUCGCGAUAUCGAGAGCGGACAAUGGAUCUACUGGGCAGUGUCCAUUCCAUUGACUGUCAUUGUUAUGGCCCUGACGCUAUUCUGGGCUGGCGAGCUUAAUAUAGUUUACAAUCUUGUGAAAAGUUUCCCGCGGCGCAGGAAUGUGAAGCAGUGA